AUGAACCCCAACAGUAUCCAUCAGGGUGACCCUGAGGGAGAACUGUUUCUCAAUUCCGCGAGUCGACCGCCGGCAGAGUCUCCUGUGGUAGGGCCGUUACGCAUCAGCAAACGAGAUACACCUUCACCAGCAUCCCAGGGCUCUGCGCCGCUUCCAUACCCUGAUGACCGGCCCCGACUGGGCCAGAUGCGCAGCUCGUCUGGUUCCACCGGGUCAAGUCCGACGGCUGGUGAAUCUGGCAGACAUGGGUCCCCUAUUUCAUCCGUAAAUAACCUGUCCUCGAUGCCGGCAGGCUCCAGCGCAACGAGACCCUCGGAGUACCCGGCAGCUCUCCGACCGCGGGACGGUCGCGAGCCCAAGCCAGCUACGUUGGCCGAAAGACGGGGCAAUACCGCUCCCAAACCAUUACCAGAAUCGCCAGGUCCAGAUGCGCCAGACAGAGAAGCCUUGUUUGGCCGGAAAUAUCAGCGCCUUCCGGCGUCUUCGGCCCUAUCGUCGGAUGGAAUGCAGCGGGAGGAAGGUAUUGCAUAUCCGGAUUAUCAGCAGCAGUAUUGGCCGCCGCCUCAACCAUCGACUCCAUCUGCUCUCUCUACGCGGGUAGGGGUGUCGCAGAGUCUACAACCUCCUAGCAGCACGAUCAAUCGAAUCAGCUCGACCGCAUCCAAUUCGACAACCCGUGCCCAAAGGGGAUCGCCUCCACCCCCGGAAACUCCCAUCGUCGGCCCUGGCCAACAGCCUGGAUCUGAUAUUGAGGCCCGGUAUGCAGCUUCCGGCAUUGCGGGCACCUCAACACUGGCAGGGUUGCAUGCACAAAGUGCUGCCGCCCAGCGAAGAGCAGAACCAUACGCCGGUCAAUUACCUCGAACCCAGCAGCACCAGUUUCCCACUCAGCGACCUUGGACUCCAACAGAGCAGCCGGGGUCUCAACCACAUGGUCCACCCACAGUUUACCAGGGUGCCGAGGCCGUUGAAUCACGAUCACCGAAUCCACCGGCCAGUUCCUAUCAACCUCCUCCACCUCAACCUGUCGCAACGCCGCCUCAUGCCGCUGCUCAAGGCCAGCAGCCGCCAAGGAUUCCGCCUAACGCACUGGAGCAAGACCUUGAAAGGAUGCGUAUUAGUUCCUCGCCUCCUCCUGCGUACUCGAGUGUAUCCGGAUCUGCUGCUCCCCAAGGCUAUCCCAAUGAAAAGCAGCGUUUGUCGGCUUCCAUGGGCCAGCCAGCUCUUGCAGCAAGCCAUCCAGCAACCAUGGCUACUCCCACUGCUGCUGCUGCUGCUCCGACGGUCUCGCCCCAAGAUCAUCCGGCGUUUGCCAACGAACCCCGGCAGCAGUCCCCGGCAGGUUUUUCACCACAGAAUGGUACUUCGGCCGGGCGCCAGCCUACCCCUGUGCAGAAUGCACCAGCCACUUCCGUGCCCGGCUCAUCGACGCUUCCUCCAGCCUCUCCGCCGCCGCUCCCAGAAGGGUGGAUAGCCCAUCUGGAUCCUAAUUCAGGACAGUACUAUUAUAUCCACCUCCCAACUCAGUCGACGCAGUGGGAAUUUCCCAAGGGACCGACUCCUUUGAACCUGAACGAAACUCCGUUGUCACCGGUCGGCAGCGUGUACAGUAGUCAUCCUCUUGCCUCCCCCGGUUUCUCAACUUUUGGGAAGCCACUGGCGUCUCCCGGCAUCCCUCUAACGCCUGGUCUAGCUCCCGGCUAUGAGAGUCUGCAAUCACCCGUAGUGACUGGUUUCAGCGGGCCCCCUCCAAGCAGUGGGGUUGAUCUGUACAAAGUUGCUCCAACCAACGGUGUCUACUUCGGACCCUAUCUCCGGUACACGAACAUGGAUCUCGAGCGCGGUAUCUGGCUGGGCUCUAUUCUGCUGGUCACCGACGCUGCCCAGCCGCCAACCAUCCACAUUCAUCAAAGCGUCGAUCUGUCGCCCAAUCCCCGGCAGCUCAAGCCAAUGAGCAUUGCCGUGCACCAGCGCUGGACGUUUUACAAGUACGAGGUUGACUUGCGGAUGGAGGAGUCUGGUCCCGCCAAGUGGACGUAUGCCAUUACGUCGCACCUUGGCUGCACUCGAUACGAAUUCCUCGUGGCUGGUCGGUACGAGACGAACUGGCGCUUCGUCGCCACUUCCGGCAACGACUUCUCGUUAAACGUGAAUGCAAAUGAGAGGUCCCGUCUGGGAGGAAUCGGUUUCAUGUGGAAGGACAUCAUGCAGAAACAUAUUGAGAUUGGGGGCUUUCAUGCGCAGCUGUGCUGUGGCGGCCAGAUUUACGCGGAUCGAAUGUGGAAGGAGAUUCCAUCACUGAAGCAGUGGCUUGCGAUUAGUGGGAAAGAGGCUCGCAAAAAUGCACCGUGGACAGCAGCGCAUGAGGAGGACGUUUCUCAUGCUUAUUUCCAUUAUUACACCAGUCAUUUUGACCAGCCUUAUUUGAGGGAGUCGUUUGCUCAGGUUCCGUACGUCUGCCAGAUCGAUGACCAUGAUAUCUUUGAUGGGUUCGGCUCCUACCCUGAGCAUAUGCAAUCCUCGAACAUGUUCAAGAACAUCGGGCGCAUUGGUAUUGAGAUGUAUCUGCUCUUCCAACACCAUACGACGCUGGACAUCUUGCGAAAUGUCAACACCGACAUAGAUCUUUUCACCAUCACGGGGACGGGUUGGCAUUUUGUCAAGUAUUUAGGACCAGCUGUUGUCGUCGUUGGCGCUGAUUGUAGGUCGGAACGAAACUCGCACCAAGUCAUAGCUGGACCGACGUAUCAGGGCAUUUUCCCUAAGGUCGCCAUGUUACCUCCUUCGGUGCAGCACUGUAUAUGGAUGUUGUCGGUCCCCAUCAUCUACCCCCGGUUAGAGACUGCCGAGCACAUUGCACAUACGGUUGCCACGGGGAAAAGGGCCGUUACCGGGGCGUACAACGUGUUGGGCAAAGUCACGAGCUCUGUAGCCGGCGUGGUUGGUGCCAAAGAUAUGGUCGGCUCUGGGUUUGACUCGGUCAAGCGAGCCGUGGGUAAGUCUGGUCUCAUGGGUGGGAUACUAAGUCCCUUUGGGGAGUUGGAUCUGCUCGAUGAACUGCGCGAUCAAUGGACGCAUGAUUCCAAGGAUCUCGAACGGACAUAUCUCAUUCGCACACUUCAAGGCAUCGCCCACCAGAAGUCUCUGCGAAUGACCUUCCUUUCCGGUGCCGUGAACGUCUGCGGCGCGGGCCUAGUGCAUGAUCCCGCCCACCCAAAGGACCACAAGACCAUGUACCAGAUAAUCUCCUCGGCCGUUGUCAACAGCCCUCCCCCCUCGUACAUCAUCAAACUCCUCCACAGCAGCCACAAGCCCCUAUACAUUCCCGCGAACGGCCACCGCUCGACCCCGUCGCAGCCCACGGAUACCAAGGAAGACAUGAUGGAAAUCUUCCAGACGGACGUCACGGGCCAAACACGCGAAUAUCGUAAACUUAUGGGUCGGCGCAACUACGUGGCCAUCGUCGCCUACGACCCCGAGGUCGUAAACACCAUGUACGGCCAGAACAUGUCCCAUGGCAGCGGCAAGCUUAAUCUCGCCGUCGACUUUAUGGUGCAAGGCGACGGCACCUAUGGGAAUGUGAUCAAGUAUGGACCCGUCAUUGUCCCAAGCCUGGAGCAUGGGAAAUGA